AUGGAUAUGGAUAUGAGCAGUUCUUCCGGCAUGUCAGACAUGCCCAGCUCGACCAUGAUGACCAUGGUCUUCACCAACAGCCAGAACACUCCGCUCUACUCAAGUUCCUGGACGCCGUCCUCCUCCGGCCAGUACGCCGGUACUUGUAUCUUUCUCAUCAUCCUCGCCUUCAUCGGUCGUGCGCUCGUCGCCUUCAAGGCUGUGAUGGAGCGGAGAUGGCUUGCAACCGCUCUCAACCGACGUUACGUGGCUGUUGCUGGGAGGAGUACCGAGGCCGCUGCUAUCGACGCUGACCCGGACUCUCAGAAAGCGAGACUGCUCACUGCAAAUGGUGUCGAAGAGUCUGUCAAGGUUGUGCGCCGCACAUCCGACGGGCCACAGCCAUGGCGAUUCAGCGUGGACCUUCCUCGAGCACUUCUAUACCUCUGCAUAGCGGGCGUCAGCUAUCUACUUCGCAAUGGCAGGAUGCUGGCCGUUAUGACCAUGAACGUGGGCUACUUCUGCUCUGUCCUAGCCGGCACUUUUUUGGGCGAGCUGGCUGUGGGCCGAUAUAUCGAAUGGAACGAACACUAG